CGCUCUUUUUCCCUCUGGGAGAGCCACGGGCUAUAUAAUGCCUUGGCCCCGCCCCUGCGUGAAGACCACGCCCCACAAAUAAGCCCCUCCCCCUGCGCGCUGUGAAGACGUCAUCGCCGCCGCCGCCGCUCGAGAUGGAGCUGAACCAAACAGCAGACCAUCUCAGACAUGUAGAAAAAGAUGUUUUGAUCCCUAAGAUUAUGAGAGAGAAGGCCAGAGAGAGGUGUUCUGAUCAAGUGCAAGACUUUACUAAAUGCUGCAAAGACUCUGGCUUUCUUAUGGUGGUCAAAUGUCGGAGAGAAAAUUCAGCAUUAAAAGAAUGCUUAACUGCACACUAUACAAACCCAGAUUUUUAUGAAGAAUGCAAAAUGGAGUAUUUGAAGGAAAGAGAAGAAUUCAGAAAAACUGGAAUUCCUACUAAGAAAAGGUUACAGAAGCUUCCUACAAGUAUUUAGCAAAAUAAUUAUGAAUGAUUUUUGCCCUAAUUCUAGUGGCAAGAAGUCAGUAUCUUUGAUUUGUUCUUUAAUAUCAUGGAAGCAUUUAUUUCUGUUUGUUGAAAUAAAUAUCUUUUAUUAAAUUUUUA